GAAAGAGGAAGCUGGUGCUCAGAGCAGAGCAAAGGAGAGCCGGAGAGCUGACAGGACGUCUUUUCUGUCUGCUGUCAUCGAGCGGACCUCAAAGCUGUAUGGAUACACACCUGCACUGCAUCCCAGCUCCUCCAGGGAGACACCUGCCACCGAGUCUGCUGGAAUGACAUCACAUCCAGAUAAGGACGGCGGCGAGACUUCAACACUGACGGCAGAAGCACAGUCUGUUGCAACACAGACCGCCAUGGUGCCGUCGGCCAGACUCAGACCUGCAGUUCCUGGGAAGGGAGAAGCAUUUGAUCGGGUCAGCAGCUCCUCUGCACAUGCACAGAGUGUUGCCAAAGCCAAGUACGAGUUUCUCUUCGGGAAGACAGAAGACAGAAGCUCUUCAGAUACUGUCGCCCCUUCGACCCAAGAGAAACAGGAAAGCAGCUCAGGUCUUGAGUCUGCUCUUGAUGAGGAUGACAUUGACGAGACGUCCCUCUUCCAGGAAAUUGACAGAGAGCUGUCAAACCUAUUGAGCGGCCUGACGGCUCGGAGUCAGCAUGCUGCGGCAGAAGAGGACUCGCCGUCAGGAGACCCCACCUCACCCAUGAUCCCCUGCAACGGGCAAAACGAAACCCCGCCGCCACAACUGGAUAUGGCCGAGCAAGGCCUGGACCUUCAGAACGGCCGGUCCGAGUUAGCAGGAGACUCUCUCCUCACAUCUGGUAUGUUGUUUGACUCGUGGUGCGAGGCGCUCAUAAAGGACCCCAGCUCAGUUAUGGCAGCCGCAAACGAGCUGAGCUGCUUCAGCUCUGGGCCCAGUCGAGACCCCAGGAACGCAUCAGCCUGCCAAAAUAAAUCUGACGCCAGCUCAACUCGAGCUGCAGCACAGUCUGUAGAGGUGCCCUCCCAAGAAACCGCUGGAAAGGAGAUGGAGGGCAAGAGGGCCGGGUCACCCUCGCCCAUUAGGACAGACGCCGACCCCUCGGGAGAACUGGUGGAUGAGUCUCUAGAGGAAUCCACUAAAAUUCUGGCUGAGAUCCCGGGCAUCUUCAGUGGCUUUCUGGAGGGGGGCAAACUGCGGGACAAGCCACCGAAGAAGCUGCGGUUUGUGGAGAGCAGGGCGGAGAGCCUCGUGAACGGAGAGAUGCAGAACGGAACGUACCAGAGCUGCAGUGUGAAAGAGGAAGUGACUCUAGACACACAGCAUACAGAAGCCACAGGAGUGCCUCAGGGGUGUGUGCUGAGACCCGAUCACAAACCAGCAGAGAACGGCUCAGACAGGAGUUGUGCUGCAGGUGAGAGGGACACCACAGAUGUCUUCAGCUGCCAGUUUGAGAACAUCCUGGAGUCGGAGCGUCUGCGGGAGACUCUCUACAGCAGCGUGGACAAUCUGUCCAACCCUGUGUCUGAACCCAGCUCUCAAAGCGCCCCGGGAGCCUCGUUUGCCUUCGACAUCCCCCUCACGCCCAUGAUCCAGCAGCGACUCAAAGACAGAAGUCUGUUCCUGAGCUCGGACGCUGAGGUGCUGAGCGUCACCAGCUCGAAGGAGAGCGGCAGGGCAGGUCUGGAGGUGACCUCAUCGUUCCUCUCAGUGGGUCGUGAAGACGCUGGAGCAGCUCCAGCAGACGCUUUAAACGACAAGGACCCCAGAGACUGGCUGCAGGGCUGUUUAAGCAGCGAUGCAGGGCUAAAUGACAUGCUGUCAGACUGGGACUCAGACAUGGAUGGUGUGGAAUGUCUUAAGGACACCGAUGUUCUCCACAAUGGCAGCCAAAAAGACCAGGAAGCUGCCCGACGUCUGGCCAGACGGCUCUACCACCUGGAAGGCUUCCGGCGCUCGGAUGUCGCCAAACAUCUGGGCAAGAAUAAUGACUUCAGUAAGAUGGUUGCAGAAGAGUACCUCAAAUUGUUUGAGUUUACAGACAUGACAUUGGACCAAUCACUCAGAUGUUUUCUGAAAGCAUUCUCACUAAUGGGCGAGACACAGGAGAGAGAGCGGGUGUUAAUUCAUUUCUCUAAUCGGUACUAUCAAUGUAAUCCCACCGUCAUCACUGCACAAGAUGGAGUUCAUUGCCUUACCUGUGCUCUAAUGCUGCUCAACACUGACCUUCAUGGCCCAAAUAUUGGGAAGAAGAUGACGUGCCAGGAAUUCAUCAAUAACCUGGACGGACUCGAUGGAGGACAAGAUUUCCCCCGGGAGCUGCUGAAGUCGUUGUAUAACUCCAUCAAGAACGAGAAGCUGGAAUGGGCAGUUGAUGGAGAUGAGCUGAAGAAGUCUCUGUCUGAGCUGGCGGAUAAGAACCAUCACUCUCACACUAAGAGCAUCAGUCGCAUCAGCAGCGGCAGUAACCCGUUCCUGGACAUUACCCAUGACCCCAAUGCUGCUGUCUACAAAACUGGCUUCCUGACCCGCAAAAUCCACGCUGACAUGGACGGGAAGAAAACACCAAGAGGGAAACGAGGCUGGAAAACCUUUUAUGCCGUUCUGAAAGGCAUGAUCCUCUAUUUGCAGAAGGAUGAGUUUAAGCUGGAGAAGGCCCUGUCAGAGGACGACCUGAAGAACGCCAUCAGCGUGCACCAUGCUCUCGCCAUCAAGGCCAUGGACUACGAGAAGAAGCCCAAUGUUCUCAAACUCAAGACUGCAGACUGGAGAGUGUUCCUCUUCCAGGCCCAGAGCCCCGAGGAAAUGGAGUCCUGGAUCAGAAUAAUCAACUCAGUGGCGGCCAUGUUUUCCGCCCCAUCCUUCCCCGCUGCCAUCGGCUCUCAGAAGAAAUUCAGCCGUCCUCUGCUGCCGGCGACCACCACCCGAAUGUCUCAGGAAGAGCAGCUGAAGUCCCACGAGGCCAAGCUGAAGCACGUCUCUACAGAAUUAGCCGAGCACAGAUCCUAUCCGCCAGAUAAGAAGGUCAAAGCCAAAGAGAUCGAUGAGUACCGCUUGAAAGAGCACUACCUGGAAUUUGAGGAAAGCCGUUACGAGAUGUACGUCAAGCUCCUGAAAGAGGGGGUGAAAGAGCUCUUGACGACCCGGGACGGUGACGCAGUGCUGAAGAAGUCUCAGUCCAGUCCAUCUCUCAACCAGGAGUCCCAGCCGGCCGCCGCUAAAGUCAAGCGCAACACGUCCGAGCGGAAGGACUACCGGCCCGAAACACCCAAGGUCACAUAGACAUCUCCUGCUUCCUGUCAGAGAGCCUCUGUAUAUCACGCGUGACUGUACUUUGAUGUAAUUUAUUUAUCUGCCGACAGCUGAAUCAGAAAACAUUUGUGUAAAAUGUAAAUUGAUCAAUUGAUUGGAAGUUGUAAAUCUCCCUUGACCAGCUUGUGGAGUAAAUAGUGUGGUUUUCUUUUUUAUUCGUUAGCGUGUAACGAUUUUGUGGUUGCACUUUAUUUGACAGUACAGUACGUGCGCUUGCAGAAAUGACUGAGUAAGAUCAGGUAACUACAGGGGUUUAGGGUUAGAUUCAGGGUUAGCACCUACUGUAGUUACUGUAGUUUAUAGUAUGUGUAAGCGCAACAGCACUGUAAAAUAAAGUGCCGCUGAUUUCGUUCUGAGAACACGACUGUCUCUUGAUUGUGCUGUUCCCCUCAUUUGCUUUUGAGAAGUAUUUUCUUCAAGUCGAAACAUAUGCUAGACAGUAGAUAUAGUCUCACUCAGAGCGAGUUAUUUUACUAGACUAAGGGUGUUUUCACACUUGGUCCUUUCCAGGGGUCUGAGUGCGUUUCGCUUGAUUUUUGUCCCAUAUGUGAACACAACAAACGAUCUCAGACCCUCAGAACCGAACCGAGACCAUCUGGGGAGGUGUCUGAGUACAGUUCACUUUCAGCUACAGGGAUGGUUCGCUAAAAAAACAUGCAUUGUGAACACAGAUGGGCCCAGGCUCACUUGAUUUUUCCUUUUGUGAAUUACGAUGUAGUUUGACCUUCAGAUGUUUCCGUACAAAUCAGAUGUUUGUGGUGACGAUGGAGACGGAAAGACUACUGCCAUAUAGCUUAAUGUGAUGAUUAACAUGAAAAAGAUGAUUUUUCGCUCUUUUCUUAAAAAUGGUAUGACGUUCGAAAGGCUGUAAUUUGAUAUUAUUUAUAUUUUUCGCGAAAACCUGUAUCUGAACUGUAAAUCAUGGUUUUCACAUUCGUUUUACAGUUUAAAAUGUUACCAUAGACAUUGCCCCACAAAGUGUUACAUUUGAGCUUAAAAAUCCUGCAGAAACCCUUUGUGCUAUAAAAUAAACACGAUUACACAGACAAGGAAAACAAUUUAAAAUAAAUAUUACAAAGGUGUACCAAAGGUGUGCAAAAGAUACAAAUAUUCCAGUUUUGGAGGCCAUAAUGUCAGCCAUUACACACUGAACUGUGACAAUCUGAACACAAUCUGAAGGAGGACUGAGACACAUAUCAUGCUUAAGUGGCCCAAAAAAUGAUCUGAGUCUUCUUUCAGGAGCUGCAAUAGUGUGAACACAAAGAGAACUGUGCUUUUUCUCUUGGUCCACUUAAAGGGGUCUGGGUUUGGAUCUUUAAAGAGGACUCAAGUGUGAAAACACCCUAAUAAACGUGGAUCUGACUUGAUCAGCAGAGAGAGCGUUUGAGGGGUCUUUUUCAGUGCAUGGGUAUGAUGUGGCAUAUAGCCUUUCGAUUUUGUUGCGGAUGAAAUCCACUACCGAUGUACACACACCUUCUAACAAACCACCGGUAAUAUCUACUCUCACACACACACACACACACACACACACACACACACACACGCUCGCUCGCUCGUUAAUGGAUCGUACCAGCAUGUCACAGCAAUGGACCCAACUCUAAACAGAUUAUUUUCUAAUGAUGAUUUCGAGAUACUUGCUGAGUUACGGCAUUUCAGACUGCAAGAUGAUGUUGACUUCAACGUCAUCGGCUGCGCAGUUUGUGCCAUUUAUUUUUUUAUCUGUUUGUUGAAGUAGAGAGUAUACUUCUGCUUUUUCAGUAGUGUAAAUGCCAAUGCUCCUUUUGUGCAUUUUAUAAUCUUCUAUAUUUGAAUUUUUAAUUCUCAGUUCAGAACAUUAUUGUUGUAAAGAUGACAGUAGUAUUUAUAGUGCACUUUAUUAGUUCUUUUGACUCUUUACAGAGCUUUGUAAAGGGUAGUGAUAUGUUACUUCAUUAUACAGGUUUUUCAAGCGUAACCAAAUCUGUGGUUGGUUUUAUUGAAGGUACACAGCCGAAGGUACAUUUCCACUCGUGUAAAGUCGUGUUAGUUUGUCUGUGCUCCUGUGUUUUUGCCGUCAUGUUUAGGUUGUUCGAAUGCAGAGGUUUCUAGAAGAACUGAGAGCGUUUUGGUUUGGAACGGUUGCUUUUCAUGAUGCUGACCUUAAAUUUAAGAUGUCAUUUUCAUUACAGAAGAAAAACAAUGACGUGAACACUAUAUGAAUGUUCUACACUGUUUUUGCACAUCAACAAAGCCACAUCUACAGUAUUCACUUAUUUGAACAUUUAAGGGUUUAAGAGAAAUCUUUAUGAAAAGCUUACAGAUAUUAUUUUGAGUACCUUCUCGAGUUCCCGUCUAUAAUGACAUUUUGUUUACUUGAAGUAUUUUUAAGGACACUUUAUUUUAAGGUAGAAUUUGACAAAUAGAAAGGAUCAUAUUUACAUUGUGUUUUUGUCAUUGCAAGCUCUUUCAACAGACUUUAUAAUGUUGCUGCGUCUUGUUUUUUGUUUCCUCUCUGUGAAAUUGCUGGACGUAUUAUUGGUCUUGUCCGGUUCUGAACACAGAAGCACUUAGAUGAUCUUUAUUUUUAUUUAUUUGUUGCUACUUUGAGAACAAAAGUUGCAUAAUGUUUUUAGCAGUAUAUACAGUACACACUUAGUAAUAAUGUAUACUAUAAAACUGUCAUCAGUAUGAAUGGUGAUAAGAAGAGUUCGGCUCUUCCUGUUAUGUGCUACUAUGUUUCAUGUUUGAUGUUCGCCGCUUUUCCAGACCAAACAUGUAACGCUGGCACGAACCCUUUAAUAGUGCACCUCCUACACACAGACUUAGUGCUUUUAAAUUAUAAUUUCAUUUGUUAUUAUUUACAUAACAUUGCAAAACAAUAACUCAAAUAAAAAAAACAUCCGAAAGGGAGACUUGUCUAAUUUCAAGCAGUCACGAGCUUUGAAAUAUCUUUCUUUGUGGUAAUAAUAUUUCGACUGGAACACUCACUUUGUUUUUGACUUUUGUUUGUCAGUCUCUUGACUUUUUCAAUUUGGUGCGUUUAUUUUGGCGAACCCUGUAAUGUAUGAUCUCCUCUCAAAAUGCAAUUGCGUGAGUACUGAAGGAGUGCAGCUGGUUUUAAUGCGCCUUAGCCAUCAGUUGGACCAUUUGCGGUCCAGACUCAGAUAUCGUGAAUACCUUUUUUAGCUGUGAUCCUGUACUACUCCUUUAAAUCUGUAAAUGUUGUUCAAUAUGCCUGUUGCCCUGUAUUCAGAAGACUGGAUGUACUGGUUGUGAUCUCUUGGCAUGAGCGUGUCUUACGCCUGCCCACAAAGAUCAGGGACACAAUGUUGGCUUCAGUGAAUAAAAUACUGUAUUUAAUCCUU